GUGUUUUGAUUAGUGGGGAUGACUUUUAGUACAAGAUGGAGAGUCAAAAUGGAAAGUUUGAGUAAUUUUAUUUAUUAGGGUGGAAAAUCCUUGUUAUUUUUAGCAUUACUGUUAGAAGGGACAUCAAUCCAUAUCAUUCCGCGGUGUCUGUGUUGUGUGGCGUUCCAUGUGCACUCACCACACGGCCGAGACGGCUUUUCUCACGGAGUUUUGAGUGUGUGUUUCAUUUGCGCGUGAAAAUCUUCCCCCCGUCGUGAUUAUCCUCGUUUUCUCCGCCAACCAAGUUGUGGAUUUACCAAUUAUUGUGUACACUGCACGGCAAUUAGAUGUGCGAACAACAUGUCGAAGAACAAAAUCAUACAUUCCAAAGCUGAUAGUGAUAUUAUAGAGAUAAAAUCAAAGUUCGACGCGGAGUUCCGGCGAUGGUCCAUGAAGCGAUCGGAUCAAGUGGGCUUCGAGGCGUUCUUCAAGCAAGUGGCACACCUGCACAACCUGGCCAACAUCCAAUUCCUCCUCUCCUACAUCGAUCCCAGCGACAAUGACCUGCUGCCCAUCAACAAUGACGACAACUUCGGCCGGGCCCUGCAGACGUCGCGCCCCAAUCUGCGUCUCAUUGUGCAGAGAAAAGGCGACAGUCUCGAGGAGAUUACAGGGUAUGGAACUAUGAAGCCGCGCAAUAUCAUCAGUAGCAUUCUGGGCCAGACGCCGGUGAAGGCCAAGGGACUCGCCAUCUCCAAUCCCCACGACUUCCGGCAAGUGUCCGCCAUCAUCGACGUGGACAUCGUGCCCGAGACGUGCCGCCGCGUGCGCCUGCUGAAGCACGGCAGCGACAAGCCGCUGGGCUUCUACAUUCGCGACGGCACGUCCGUGCGUGUCACGGCCAAUGGCCUGGAGAAGCAGCCCGGAAUCUUUAUCUCACGCCUUGUGCCCGGCGGUCUGGCCGAGAGCACGGGUCUGCUCGCCGUGAACGAUGAGGUGCUGGAAGUGAAUGGCAUUGAAGUGGCAGGAAAGACACUCGAUCAGGUGACAGACAUGAUGGUGGCGAACAGCUCCAACCUGAUCAUCACGGUGAAGCCAGCGAAUCAGAGAACAAUCGCGCCGCCGCGACGCGGCUCGUUCUCGCGGAAUAGUCAAUUGUCCAGCGGCUCGCAGCAGUCGCACCACACGAACAUCUCGGAUGAGAACGACCAGGAUGACCAGGACGACGUGGUAGAUCUCACGGGCGCCGACGCGUGCAGAUCGGACGGCAUUCUGCAUCUGUAGAGGCGCGCGCGGCCGCGCAAAGAGGACUUAAAGCUAGGGGAUACUUAAUUUUUUUCUUUUCUGAAAAUUGUACUUAUAUCAUUCCAGUUUUGGGACCCUUAUAUAUCCUAUAUACUUCUCAUAAACAUACAUUUUAUUUUAUACAUUUACCUUUUUUCUACUCACUCUUACAAUUGUAUUGAAGGAGAAACAGGAGAGAAUAUCAUAUUUGCAUGUUGAAAAGAUUGUUGUACUCUUGUUAUUCGAGAAGAGGAAGAGCUUUUAUCGACAACAAUCGUGUAUUAAUUUAUUAUAAUUGUAUAUCUUUCCUUUCACCAUCGCCGGUGUGACUUUUUUCGCGAUAAACACGAUAUUUAAAGUGGAUCAUGAUGAAAAAUUUAUAUAGUAAUUAAAUAUUGUUAGAAGGGAUAUUUCUCUAGAAAUUAAACAACAAGAUGAUAUUUUUAAAAAUGAAAAUUGAAAAGUAAUAAGAUGAAAAGUUCACAAAAGAAGCAAUUGUAAAUAUAAAUAAAUUUAUUGUGCCUUUUCGAUUGAAGAUUUAAAAGAAAAAAAAAAAACACACAUGAUAUGAAGAAAUGUUAAGCAAGAGAAAUUGAUAAAUUUACACCUGUUGAGAAAAAAAAUUCGUGCUAUCAAAAUUAGGUAAUUUUUCCAAGUAAUUCGGCUCAAUUGGUUUUUUUCGAAGGAAUGGGAAAGAAAUUGAACUUGUUAUCAAUAAGGCGUACCUCAGCGAUUGCAUGUUAAUAGAGUUGACGACAAAGGUUCCGUAGUGUUGUUUCUGUCUCAAAAGUGUUUGGCAACAGCAAAGAAUGUCAAGUAUAAAUGAAUUUAAUCAGCAUUCCGCCCAUAUUUUCUUAUAAACUAUAAAGAUUGUAGAAUGAGAAAAAACAAGGCUAAUAGUAUUGAAAGGCAGUCUUAAUAAAAAAUUUACACCUUUGCGAGUUUCAAUGGAGAUAAAGAACAGCAAAUAAUAGAAUUCAAACUAACAAAAACCGUUUAAAGACGAGAAGCAUUAACAUAGUUAUUGAGUAGUUACUUAGGUGAUGCCUCUGAUUUACGAUUAUUGAUCCAUACAUAUUAUUACAUACCAAAUUUAUUCUCUAUGAUGAUAUACUUAAACAAAACAUAUUAAAGUACAGCUAUUAAAUUGCUAUUUUAUUGAUUUUAUGUAAAAUAUAUAAUUUUAAACAUUAA